AAUCUUCUCACAGAUACGGGAGAGUGGGACCGACAUGUUCAUAACUUUUUCAAAAAAAGUGAAACCUUGCGACGACGAUUUGAAGAUGCAUCCUAACACCGCGUAUAUCCCUCCCGGCCCUAUAUAUAGGAGGACUCAACAACCUCCGUUACACACACUCUCUGUAAUCAACAUUCUCCGAUCCGAUGAAAUCACCUGAGCAUGAUUUGGAAGCCGGCGGCGGCGGCGAUGUUACUAAGUCCCGGAACCACUGGAGAGGUAUUGUGCUUGCGGUUGAUGCUUCAUUACGUUUUAAGUCUGAUAUGAGUUUCGAAAAGGAAAUUGAGCUCGGAUCUCAUGAUCAAGCUACUGCAACGGCUGAUGCUGCACUAUCUCAGUCAGAGGAACCAAUACAAGCUUCGUAUCCGGAUGAAUUUGGUAUCAAAUUGGAUGAACUUGUUUCUAUAUCCCGAGAUGGUGGUCUAAGUGUUCUAAAGCGAUUUGAUGGGGUUAUCGGGUUAUCACCUCUGUUGCACACCGAUCUUGACAAGGGUAUCUGUGGUAGUCCUGAAGACAUACUGAGACGUACCAAGAAAUUUGGAUCUAACACUUAUCCUUUGAAGAAACAAGGCAACUUUUGGAUGUUUCUCGGGGAAGCAAGCCGAGGUUUUACUUUGAUCGUGUUGGUUUUUGCUGCAAUGGCUUCUCUGCUGCUGAAAAUAAAAACUAAGACUAUCAAUCAUGGAUGGUAUGAGGAAGCUGGCAUCAUUGUUGCAGUUAUCCUUGUCAUCUUUGUGACAGCGAUCAGUAAUUACAACCAGUCUCUUCAGUUUGAAAAGUUGAAUGAUGAGAAGAGAAAAAUGCUUAUCGAGGUUACUCGAAAUGGAAGACGGGUCGAAGUUCCGAUCUAUGAUAUAGUUGUUGGCGAUAUUAUACCUCUUAAAAGUGGUGACCAGGUGCCUGCAGAUGGUGUCUUAGUUUCUGGGUAUUCACUUCAGAUAGGCGAAUAUGAAACCAUGGGAACUAACAGAACGGUUCACAAAGAUACAGAUACAGAUCCAAUUCUACUAUCCGGAUCUAAAGUGGAAGAUGGGAUCGGUACAAUGCUGGUUACUAGUGUCGGGAUGAACACCCAGUGGAGGAUGCCGAUGGCUUCUAUUCCACUAUAUACUGGUAAAGAGACACCAUUGCAGGUGUACCUGAACCGAGUUGUAACUGUAUUUGGCCUAGUCAGUAUCUCGGUUGCUUUGGUUGUUUCUCUUAUCGUGUCAUUCCUAUACUUCAUGGGACGAAAUAAAGAUGUUAGUCCGAUGUUUGAUGCUGGGAAAACUACGUUAGAUGAAAAAAUAGACAUGGUGAUUAAAUUUAUAAUUUUGGGGGUUACCAUUGUAGUCGCAGCAGUGCCUGAAGGACUGCCACUAGCUGUUACCUUGAACAUUGCCCAUAUGUCGAGAAAACUUGGAGGAGAGAUAGCUUUGGUACAAAAGCUCUCUGCCUGUGAAGCGAUGGGGUCUGCAACAACUGUUGUAUGCCACAAAACCGGGAUUUUAACCUUAAAUCAGAUGGAGGUUGUUGAUGUUUGUGCCGGGGGAUUAGGAACGCAGAAUUUGGAUACUAUGGCUGAGUUGUCUCCCCUUCUGAUCUCGUUGAUCACCGAAGGAAUUGCCCUGAACACGAAUGGGAGUGUAUAUCAUCCUGAGGGAUGGCCUGAACCAGAGGUCUUUGGAUCAGCAACAGAACGUGCCAUUCUUAAAUUCGGUGUCAAGUUGGGGAUGAAUUUUGAUGAAGUGAAGUCAAGAUCAACAAUUUUUCGCAUUUCGCCUUUCAAUUCAAGCAGAAAACGUAGAGGUGUUGCAGUCCAAUUGCAUGAUUCUCAAGCCCGUGUUCAUUGGAAAGGUGCUGCCAAGACUAUUCUAGCUUCUUGCCAGUCGUAUAUGGACAAGGACAAGAUAGCAUCUAUGGACCAAGAAAAAAUAUUUCAUUUUGAAAAAACCAUUGAUGACAUGGCCAAAAAAGGAUUGCGCUGUGCUGCCCUUGCCUACCGAACUUAUCCUGAAGAAGAUAUUCUUAGGGACGAAGCAUUCCCAUACAUACAUGAAAGCAACCUCGUGCUAUCGGCUAUCAUUGGUAUAAAGGAUUCUUGCCGGCCAGGCAUAAGACAGGCAAUCCAAGAAUGUCGUAAUGCUGGAGUAAAGGUGUGCAUGGUGACAGGCGACGACCUUCUGACUGCCAAAGCAAUAGCGACUGAGUGCGGGAUACUGACAGACGAGCCUGCGGAUACAGCAAUAUUAGCAAAGGACUUUGCUUCCAUGUCCGAAGCACAAAGAGAAAAAAUCGCUGAAAAUAUUGUAGUGAUGGGUCGAUCUUCUCCUGAUGUAAACCUUCUUCUACUUGAAGCACUGAGUAAGAAGGGACAGGUGGUUGCAGCAACUGGAAAGGGAAUCCGCGAUGCUCCGAGUCUGCGCCAGGCGGAUAUCAGUCUUGCGAUGGGCAUUGGAGGGACUUCAAUUGUUAAAGAAUGCUCUGAUAUCAUUGUGUUGGAUGACAGUUUUGCUUCGAUUCUCACGGUCAUCCAAUGGGGACGAUCUUUAUAUACAAAUGUUCAAAGGUUUGUCCAGUUCCGGCUAACAGUCAGCGCAUCAGCUCUAAUCAUCUGUGUUGUUGUGGCGAUUCAUUCUCAUGAAAUUCCCCUAAAUGUUGCGCAGCUUCUAUGGAUUAAUCUUCUCGUUUGUACUUUUGGAGCAUGGGCCUUGGCAUCAGAACCACCAAUUGACAACUUAAUGCGAAGGCCUCCGAUUCGUAAAGGAGAACCCUUUAUAACCAAACUCAUGAGGGCGAAGUUCAUUCUACAGGUUGCUUACCAAGUGACUGCAUUGCUUUGCAUAAACUUUCUUGAGAGUAUACUGAAACUGGAGAACAAAAGUCUAGAUGAUGCUAACAAAGUCAAGAACACAGUUAUAUUCAAUUGCUUUGUCUUCUGCCAAGUAUUUAACGAGAUUGAAUGCCGAACUCCAUACCAAGGAAACAUAUACAGAGGGAUCCUAAAGAACCAUUUGUUCCUUGGAACAAUUGCUAUAACUGUUAUUCUUCAGGUAAUCGUGAUAGAAUGCUUCGGCAUAUUCUUUUCCACAGUCAGGCUUAACCGGAAGCAGUGGCUGAUCUCCAUUGGAAUCGGUCUUUUCAGUCAAGUCGCUAAUCGCUUUCCUUUCCAAGCUUUUCCUUAUCUUCGGAACUAAGAUUCUUCUUAAACAUAUAGUGUUUGGAUACUUCUCUCCACUGGUGAUACUUUCAAAUCAGCGAUCUAAAUAGUAGUUUUUCGAUUUUGUAAAAUAGUCAAAGAAAAAAAAAGACAGAGGUGCAUUUGUGUUACAAGACGUUUCCAAAUAUAUAAUCUUCAUUUGUGUUAUCAG